CUGUCUCAGCCCCCUGCGCUGCGACCUUCCAGCACGUCCGCUUCUUCCUUGCUUUAUUUCUUUCCUCCAAUCAAAAUUCGAAGUUACUGUAUGGCGAGGGUAGUUGAGUGCCGCGCCAAGGCGUCUCCGAGCAGUGCCUCCGGCCUCAGGCUCUUCGGGUUCCACGUUUCCGACAAUAAUGCGGCGGCAGGUGACGCGGGAGGCGGUGGGAGGAGGUUCGAGUGCCAGUACUGCUGCCGGGAGUUUGCGAACUCGCAGGCGCUGGGCGGCCAUCAAAACGCCCACAAGAAGGAGCGCCAGCAGCUGCGUCGCCGGACCCUGCUCCACCGUCCCCCGCCCACGCUGGGAAACCUGGCACUCUGUCCCCGGAGCGAUCCCUUGGCCGCUGCAAAUUGGGUCGUCGGAUACGCACCGCCGCCGUACUACAAUUGCAUGGGAGCGCCGGCGUUCCGUGGUGGGCGCGCGCCUCUCAUCCGGUGGUGCAUAGACGAGGACCAUACGGUCGCCCGUGGUGCGGUGGUGGGAGAGGAUAGCGCGCAGGACAUCAUGGGGUUGGAUCUCCAACUUAGUCUCGCUCCGGCAGGUUCCUGAGCCUUCAUCGCCGCCGGAGUGAUUAAUAUUGAGAUAAUUAAUAUAAGUUAACAAUAGCGUGUGAUUUUGUUAAUCAUUUAGUUGUGUAAAUUGUUUAUCUUUUCUCCCUUGAUUAUGGUAUCCAAAAUUCUCCUCUCGAGAGAGAAGGGUGUAUGACU